AAGAAUGAUAGCAGCUGGGAAAUUUGCAAGUCUUCCACAGGAUAUGCAGAUGAGCCAUGAGUUUUCCUUGGUCUCUUCUAUGGAUCUGUUGAGCAGCAAACCCUCUCUCGCUGAUGAACUUCAUCCUAGUACCCAUCAAGAUGUUUCUAUCCAUGGCACCCUUCCGAGAAAAAAAAAGGGAACCCUUCUGCUUGGGUCUUGUGAUGUCUUCAACCACAUGGGAAUGUUGCCAUACACCAAAACACAUCAGUCUCCAGGACCUUUAAUUCAAGGUGUCAUUGAAGAGUAUCCCCAGAAAAACAAGAAGAGUGACAAUCGUCCCCACAGAGACCAGAAUGUUAUGGAUCCAGCUUUGGAAUAUGUGAAGUUUUUAAAGGAGAAGCAGGUGAUGGACAGUUCCCCAGAAAAAUUGAAGAAGGAGCUGGAAGAAGAACUGCAGAUGAGCAGUGACGAUUUGCGCAGCCACGCGUGGUACCACGGGCGGAUUCCACGACAGGUGUCUGAGAGCCUCGUUCAGAGAGACGGUGACUUUUUGAUUAGAGAUUCUCUCUCCAGCCCUGGCAAUUUUGUCCUUACCUGUCAGUGGAAAAACAUCUCUCAGCAUUUCAAGAUCAACAAAACUAUCUUGCGGCUCAGCGAAGCUCACUGCCGGGUGCAAUUCCACUUUGAAGACGAAGGUUUUGACACCAUCCCUGGCCUGGUGCGAUGCUAUGUGGGCAAUCGCAAGCCCAUAUCAAAGCAGAGUGGAGCGAUUAUAUUUCAGCCCAUAAACAGGACUGUGCCUCUGAGAUGCCUGGAGGAGAAAUAUGGGAUUUCCCCAGUCCUGCCAAGAGAAGACAGCAUUCCAGAAGGGCAAGUGGAAACCCCACAAAGGCUGAGCCUUAAUAUGUGCAAUCGACAGGCCAGAGAGUCCAGUUUAGCCAAAGGAAAUCUUUUAAGGAACAAAGAAAAAAGUGGUAGCCAGCCUGCAUGUUUGGAUCACAUGCCAGAGAAGCGAUUCCCCUUAAAGGCUCAUCAGUCAGAAAGCUAUCUGCCAAUAGGUUCAAGAUAUCCCUCCCAAGGAACUGAAACUGAAACUAGUCCUUGUCCGAAGUCUCCUGCUUUUAGAACUGGCAGUGAACCUACUCUGAGCCCCCUACUGUUCCGGAGAUUUGCCUCAGAGUUGCAAAUUAGUGAUGCACUCAGGGGGUCUGACAGCCAACUCCAUUCCAGGCCUCCACCGAAGCCCAGUAAAUUGCCAUUUCUGAGGCCACUACAAGGCUUGGAAGCCCUCUAUUGUGAACUGAAUGCAGCAAUUCCCCCAGAGGGCAGGACAACAAAGCAACCUUUAUGUCAGAAGAACAGCUUCGUAGAGCAUCUGACAACUAAGGACAAUGGGACACAUUCAUCCUUGAUCCUGGAUGAUGAGUCUUUGCUGAGUUCUGUGGAUCCACAAACAGCUCAGUUGGAGGUGAGCAAAGAGUGCCCCAUCUUUGUCACACCUGUCAUUGAGAUGGUCUCUGGUUUCAGGCCAAACCAUUUUGAGUCAAAACUUCUUCCCCUGGAAAACAAGCCCUUGGAGACUGCAAUGUUAAAGAGAGUGAAAGAGCUGUUCGUGAAUAACGAUGCAAAGGUCAUCGCCCAGCAUAUACUCAAGAUGGACUGCAAGGUUGCUAGGAUACUCGAGGUCUCCGAAGAGACGAGGAGGAUCAUGGGAGUGAAAUCAGGCCUGGAGCUGAUUACCUUGCCCUACGGACACCAACUGCGCCUCGAUCUAAUUGAAAGACAUACUACUAUGGCAAUUGGAAUUGCAGUGGAUAUUCUUGGCUGCACAGGAAAUUUAGAAGAGCGAGUUGCAACAUUAAACAGGAUUAUCCAGGUUGCAGUUGAACUAAAAGACUCCAUGGGGGAUCUGUAUGCCUUCUCAGCUAUAAUGAAAGCUCUGGAAAUGCCUCAGGUUGCCCGGUUGGAGCAGACGUGGACCAGUUUGAGGCACUGCUAUACACAAACAGCCAUCAUGUAUGAGAAACAGUUGAAACCCUUCAGCAAAGUCUUACAUGAAGGAAGAGAGAUCACUUGUGCGUCACAAAACAUCGUCACUGUGCCACUGCUGAUGCCUCUGGUUACCCUGCUAGAGCGCCAGGCUGUGGUCUUUGAGGGAAUGGAUGUGUGGGAAAACACUGACCAAAGCUGUGAAAUCAUGCUGAAACAUUUGGCGACUGCUCGUUUGAUAGCGCAGAAUGCUGACCAGUACAGCAUAAAUGCAGAAAGGAUACUUACAGGUUUUCAGCCAGAUGAUGCAAUGAAUGACAUCUUCAAAACAGAAUUUCAGAUGAGAUUGCUCUGGGGCAGCAAAGGAGCACAGGUCAACCAAAAUGAAAGAUACGAGAAAUUCAAUCAAAUUUUAACUGCACUUUCCCGAAAAUUAGAACCCCCUCUUACAAAGCAGGCAACAUAAAAAUAUCUGAUGGGCUCUCAUCUAAAGAGAAUUUGGUAUAAUUACUCAAGAAAGCAUUUUUUAAAAAAAGGUUGUGGCAAAUGUUGCUUAUUCCUUAUUUUCCCCAGGGCAAAGACAGCCAAAAAAUAAUUCCUGAACAAGAUACUUCCUCAGGAAUAUUUACUGUCUGGCCACUCCCUUCUAUGCUGCUAGUGUGAUACUUUUUUAAAAACUGCACCCCUCCCCAACAACAAAAAAACCAGUUCCAGGCCAAUCAAGAAUCAUGCAGCAAACACAGCAUCCAUACCCAAUUGAGAACUGGGGUGGUGCUUCAUGGAUCAUUAUUACUCCUAUUCCAAAUGGACAAAUAUAACCCCAGAUGGGGUGUGGAGGACUGGUGGUUACACUGCCAAAAUGUUUUUCUAAGAAACUUCCUCUGACGUCAAGCAGAAUUUGGGAAUUGUAAACUGUAUUUAUGUACAUUUAUUUAUGAGUUGUCUAAGGAUUAUUUAUUAUGGUUGUUACCUUUCAUGGACCCCUCCUGUCCACUAUAAAAAAAAGUGAUGAUCAUUUUAGGACUUAUAUCCAAUAAUGUUAUUAACAGUCUGUGAUGUAAAUAUGAAUAGAAGUUAAAGAAAUGGCUUUUUAGGAGAUACCAGUUGUAUGAUAUCCCUUAAAUAGAGAUGGAAAAUUGUAAAUAUAGCUGUGAAUUAAAGCAUAUAUUUGAAACA